GCCCUCCCUUCCCGCUGGCCCAUCGUUCAACUAGCAGUAAGUACCUCUAAGUAGGGUGCCUGACGCUGUUACUUAGAGAUCCAACAGUACAUGCAUGUACGCUAGAUACGUAGCGUAGGUCCGGAGAGACAGUUGUACCAUCAACGGUCUCUCAAUUAACAGCCCAUCCCCAUUCAUGCCCACGCCACUAUUCUACUGAAACUUGCACAACAGCAUUCCGACUUGUCAGCCCUUUUCUCCCUCUCAUCUCUUUGCUCUGUAGUCGACUCUUUUCAUUCUCUUGACUCAGUCCUUGCGCGUUGACCCAUAUCCACAUCCUAUAUUCCAUUAUUGUCUAUCAAUUCUGCUUAGAUUUAAAUGCCGACCGAAGCAUUCUCAUCAAUCCCACGCGCCAACGAACCCUGGAGAGUCGCGCGACUAGCCACGCUUUGAGCACGUUCAAUUCUCCGCCAUCGAGUUCGAGUCUACCGUAGCUUAAAGACUUGGAGUCGAGCGAUUGCUAAAAGCGGUCCAAUCAAUACUAUCGGUCUCGACCACUCUACCUUACUCAUAAUCCUAGGCCACUUGCCCACAUGGCUACCACGAUUCUAGAACGUCUACCACUCAGCAUCAAUCGAUAGCCGUGAAACAGCCCUGGCCAACAUCAACACGAGUUGUGUCGCCCCUCACAACGUUGGCGAUCAUGGCGAUGUGGCCAUUCCGCCGUAGGGGCACCCGGCGACGCUCUAAUACGGCUCAUAGUGCCGAUCCCACCGUAGGUGCGCCAGGCGACGGCCACCAACUCCACUCCGUCGUUUCAACUACGCCCAACGCGUCUGAUUCGGGGAAGGGUAAUCGGAUACCGCAGCGCCGUGGCCGGGCCUACAGCUUCUCACCAGGGCGGCAAGACUCGCUUCGUGUGAACAAAUUAAGGAAGAAGUCUAGCGUACAGGCACACCAAUCACUGCCCGCCGCAGAUAUCUCACAGCGAAUGCCCACCCUAUAUCACGAUACGUCAAGAAACAAGAGGAGAGGUCAACCACUGCUACAUAAAAAAUCAAGCAAACGGCGCAAAGAAGAUCAUGAUCGUGAGGUUGAGAUCCGAGCAAUGAGUCAAUUCAUGCCCGCUCGACCUGCCACAGAUCAUUGGAUAAUUGGACGCCCCUCAAAGAGGGAGAGCCGGCAAUUGAGAUCAGGCUUAGGUGGUGCCGUCAACCAACGAUCAUCUGAUAUCUCUCUUCCUGGGCCGGAAUCUAUACAUUCAGCCAUGUCGUCUGACUCUGAGCAGAUUUCAUGGAAGGUCUCUGCAUUUGAUGCUCUCUCUCCCCGUCCCACUUUGCGAUAUUCCUCUAACCCAUUCACGAGUUCGGCGGCUGGCUCAGGACCAGCACGGUCUCAGUCAACCAAAAAGAAGGCUUCAAGGCCUAUAACAAUACCGGAGUCAACACUAUGCGCUCACCACAGGAUUCAUGAUCUUGCAGACGAUCUAGAUGCGUCAGAUUUACGAGAACUCAUGGAGAGGGACAAAAGACGCAGGCAACGGAAAGCUGAAAAGGAACGAGAUCGUGCUCAGCGGCGGCUGGCUCGCCGAUCAGAAAAACAACGAGCCGAAGAGGCUGUUGCCGCUGAAAACGGGUCGCCACCGCCGGGGAACUUAGAACGUGGUGUUUUAGGUCGCGAGAUGCCCGACUUAGCCGGCGAUAGAACCUCAGCGGUUGUCACCUCAUCUCGGCGCAGAUCAUCGAGUGACUCACCUAGGAGGCGAAGUAAACAGUCGAGCGACAUGGAGCAUCUAGAAACCCGCGCGAAGACGCCGUCACCCCUAAAUGAGUUUUAUAGAACCGACAGCAUACCACCGCCUGAACCAUCGCCUCCAGCUCCGGACGCUGGGUCUGAUAUUUCAAUGAAACAGGCUGAAUCUAUCGCUCCUCGUUCCUCAAGUCCCAAGUUCUUCGGCUUCAUACGGUCUAGGAAGUCUCAUUCCACUUCACCAAGACAGUCCGAAGACCCAAUAGCUACCACGGUGCAGUCGCCUCCUACAGCUUCAAUCAAGCUGGAUGAUGCAGAGUCUGUAAGCCGGACUUCGGACAGCAGAUCUUCUCGGCCUUGGUUAUCGCUAUUUAGAUGGGGUAAGAAUCGACGCAGCUCAGGUCCAUCAUCCUUCUCAAACACGUCACGAGAUUCCAUGCUAGGCACGCAAACGACUCCGCCUGCAAACUAUCUACCACCUCGAAUAGCAAAUACCGGGGUGCCCAAGCGAACCAUGUCCCGAUUCCGAGAAGACUUGCCGGAGUUACCUAUUUCACCCCCCGACUCGCGGGUAGCCUCUCCAGAAGUUGAACACGUCCCGGCUGAGCCCUUGCCAGCCAUUCCUGACGAUGUGGCUGUGCGUUACGACACACCUAUGGACAGUCACAAGUACCAGGAAACGAUGCGCGCUACCCCCAUUUCUAUACACCGCGAUGAAGUACAGCCUUCUCCAGCUCUACAGUCAAUGUCUCUCGCCUCCGUCGACUCUGAGGGAUCUUGGCUGUCUGGCCGUAUCAGUCGGAAACGUACUUCUCAAUAUCCCCCUCGGACCGUCUCUGCUCUAUCAGGUCGAUCUGAAUGUCAGACUUCUGAGCAAACAGAAGAUGACAAUAUUGUUGACGACGAAUACCUGAACAGUGUAGUUCCUUCUCGGUUACAUCGACUCUCCACCGGUGAAGCCCGUCCCAGCAGUGACGAAGAUGAGGACUCUGCGCCAAAAUGGGGCGCUGUGGGACAGGUACCAACAGUGGUACAGCAUAGUGACACAAUGCGAAGCCGAGAGGGUGUUCUUCAAUCCUUCGGUGAUGACAAGGAAUUCGGCAACAUCGAUGAAAGCGAAGACGAUGGAGAUGGGCAGAGUCCCGUUGAGCCACAAAGAGCGACAAGCAUUAGUCUCAGUAAGGGUCAUUUUCGAAACUUCAGCGCUGGUAGCGCGAAGCUCUUGGAAAUCUCCCCUCGACAGUCUGGCGAUCAUAGGAUGAGCACAUAGUCAUUUUGUGGUGGCUCAUGUUGAGAGUGCUCGAUAGUUGAGAUAGUUGGAGGUGCAUGAUCGAGAAUGGAGAUGACCAAGCAUCAUAUAUGAAUCACUGGAGGCUCACUUUGGGUGUGAACCUCAGCCUAGUCCGUCGACUUUUCCUUCUGUCUUAACACCGACCAAAUUCGCUCAUUCUCGCAUUUCCUAAAUAUCGCGUCAUAUAACAAUUCAAACAACACCAAAAACAGAAAAGAAAAAGAAAAGACAACAAAAAAAGAUGAAAAAAAAAAAAA